AUGAAUCCUCGCACUAUAAAUCAUAUUGAAGAACGUCAUAAUAGAUGGAAAUUGACAUCCACAAAACCACAGAAUGAUAUUUAUACAUGUAUUGAUAUGUUCAAACAGGAACAACUACUAGCAGCAGAUGAACAUCACAGACAUGAAACAGGGGCAGCAAUACCGAAACAUCGAAGAGCUACUCGCAUAGCCGACGAAUCAUUAUAUCGUUUAUGGGAUAAAUUAGAAAAAAAACAGAUUGAUACAGAAACAUUUUUAAAAGGCGCUGGUCUUCGUUAUUUUCAAUAUUUGAAAAUUGAAUAA